AUGAGGAUGAACGAGGCCUCGCUGCGAGCCACUCUGGUGGCCAAGACGACCUUCGAGCGCUUUUGUGACCAGCCUGCUCAAGUCCUCACGAUGACCCACUUCCUCACAAGGCCGGAGCUGUCUUUUGACUGGACCGUCCCCGGGAUUUGGGACCACAUCGGCUGUGAAGGCCUGGAUGAACAGGCGCGACCUUGA